AUGCCUCCAAAGGUGAAGAGGUUAUCCGGGUUACAGAAGGAAGUGCUGAGACUGUACAGAAAAUGCCUGCGUGCUAGCUUCACAAAGCCAAAGGAAAACCAACAUCACUUUAUAGAGUAUUCAAGAAACGAGUUCAAGAAGCACCAAAAGCUGCCGAAAAAGGAGUACUCAACCAUCGAAUAUCUGCUGAGAACUGGAUACAGACGGUUUGAAAUGUUUUCAGCUCCCGAGAUUAAAGACAUCAAAUGA